AUGAACAUAGCCGGAUCGCUCGCGCCGGAUCUGAAGACUUCCACUUCAAGGCUUGAUUUGUACAGACCGGAGUUCGCUAGCUACGGCGGAUUUGAUGAUGGUGGUGGGCUUACCUCAUCUGAGCAGCGGCAGGCGGAGUACCGGGAUCGGAUAGACAAGGAGAUGAAGAUCAAGGUCGGCACGGAGAACUUGCUUGAGGCGCUGAACAACAAGAAUGCGAAGCAAGCUCGGGACCAGCGCAAGGUGGUGGAAGUGGAGCUGCAUGCUUCUACUCGGAAAAUUGCUCAGCUGCAGUCAGACCUUCAAGCCGAGAUCCAACGCAGCAAGGAGCAGCAGCAACAACAGCAACAGCAACAGCAACAGCAGCACCAGGCACCGCUAAGUCCAAAAGGACGAUUAUCGCAAAUCUUCAGAUCUCCGCAAGGCGUGUCUCCGUCGCAACUGGAAGAGCACCCAAAUGAAGAUGAUGCAGAUGGUCAUGAUGCCGACCUUGAGUCGCCCACUUACAUCCUGGCCGAGAUUUUGCAGGCGCUGGAGUCGGAGGGUAUGCCCUCGGACUACUACGUAGGACAAGCUAACGAUCUGGUCGACCUGUUCAAACGACAUCACACACUCAAGUAUGACCUGGCAUGGUCAAUCUUUGGCCUGCGUAUGCAGAUGAUGCUGCUAAGUGACAGCCGGGAAGUUGUUGCUGCCGGUUACCGCGUCAUGCGGUAUGCAGUCACGGACCGCAAAUCGCUACAGACUAUUCGAGCUUUGCAAACAGACUACCUCGUCAUCUUGUCGUUGGUGAAAGAAAGCAAAGCGCGUGUCGAGCGAGAGCAAGCACUGAAAUUCAUCCGGGCCUUCCUGGAUGUCAAAGACGGUGCGCUUGAGAUCCAUCCGGCAGUGGUACGCAUUGUGGUGGCAGUGGCGGAUCAUGCAGACGACCAACUACGCGGGAUCGCCAUCCUUACCCUGGCGGAGAUGCUACUCCGACACCCGAUGAUGGUCGUCAAUGCCGGUGGGCUGAGCGCACUCUCGGAAGCGAUGGGCAGCGGCGUCUACUUUGCACCCGAGACCCUAAUCGACCCUUUCCUGCAUUUGAUGGACUUGCCUGCAAGGCGCGGACUCCUCAAGUCCGGCUUUGAGUUCAGCACCGCUUUCGCGUCCUUCACCGAGCCGUCAUUGAAUCACGCGCAUGAAGAGAAGCUUAGAGCCAGCACCAGAGUGGUUGCAGGCCUCUUCAAAAGCUGGUCAGGUUUGAUGGCGUUGUCAAUGCACGACUUCCUACCUGUACGAUCGAUAGUCUCUUCGCUAUACAUCACUAGCCUCCCCGUGCGGACGGCCGUGUUGGAUCUGCUAAUAACCAUACUCCGGAUCAAAUCGCCGUCAUGGUCGUCUUCCUUCAUUGGUGGGCGGAGAUUGACCACUUAUGGACGGGUGACGAACCUGCGGAACGAGCACCAGGAGCAGGUCCCGCUACGGCGCACUGGUGGAGAGACGCAGAAGCGCAGCUUGGUCCAGCAUUUCACCGCGGUGUCGCUGGCUGUGUUACUCCGUCAAGGCCUGCUGAAGGGGCUCAUGAACGCGGAGAGCGACGCUCCGUCGCAGCCUCUCCGACGCCGUACAAGCCUGCUCAUUGCGGAAGUCUUGCGCCUGGCAAGUGAUCUUUUACCAUCAACGUGGAGCUUCAAGCUACAAGCUCUGCCUGGCCUGUUCGAUCUCGCCACGAAGUUCGACAGUGAAGAUCGCUUUCAGGCAGUUGCAACGGUGUACCAAGUCGAUAGCAUCAAUCGCACACUGUAUCGCUCCACAGCCGGGCAAGGACCUGAAGCCAAGACUAGCGAAGACGCAUCAGGGGCGCGAAGCCGCGCUGCUUCCAGGUCUCAGCUUGCUGCGGUAAUGGAUGAAGCACAAUUUCGGGCGAAGAUGAUCGACACGCAGAUACUGAGUACUGUCAACUACACCAAGUGGGACUGGUCGCUCAUAAUGGAGUUGAUCGAGGGUCCGAUGGUAAAUCCAAAGCGCUUGCAGGAGGCUAUGAUCACAACAAAGUUCGUCCAUCGCUUGCUGGGUUUCUUACGACCUUUCAAAUACCGCUUUUCGGAGGCAGCCAAUACGAAAGCCAACCAGCGUUAUGUACGAACCGCAUGCGCGCUGCUGAGCUUGCUGCUGCAGACCGCGGAAGGUGUCCGAUACCUUGAGAGCAACAAGCUCGUACCACAAAUCGGAGAGUGCUUGGCACAACAAGAUCCAAUGAGCGGCCUCACUUCCGCAGCACCUCUGUUCUCACCCGACCGCAUGGCUGAGACCCUCGUGAGCGGCUACUUUGCCAUGCUUGGCACCAUGUGCAGUGACAGCAAAGGCAUGCAGAUCCUGGAGCGGUGGAAGAUCAUCAACAUCUUCUACCACAUCGUCGACCUUCAGAAGCGAGACGACCUCAUCCGUGCGUUGCUCUCGAACAUGGACUACACGCUCGACAGCCACCCACGCAUCAUCCUUUCGAAGGCGAUGGUCGCCAGCUCCAAGGCGAUGCGGAUCUCUGCCACGAGGAUCUUGAGGAAGUACGCAAUGAUGCCGAUCAAUACCAGCGAGGCAAGUGGAGGCGCAGCGGAAUGGGCAAUUAAACUCCUCGUCGGCCAACUGUACGAUCCCGAAAUCGAAGUUUGCGCAGUCGCCAUCAAGAUCCUGGAAGAAGCCUGCAACGGCAUCACCUCGCUAGAAUUUGUCGUCAAGUGCCGACCCGCUCUCGACCAUCUAGGCGAGAUUGGCGCGCCGCUUCUACUGCGCUUUUUGUCCACUUCGGUUGGGUACCAUUAUCUCGAUGGGCUGGAUUAUAUUACCAAGGAGAUGGACGACUGGUUCUUAGGCCGUAACGACACCUAUGUGACCAUUGUUGAGGCCUCACUAGCACGUGCACUUUCAGAAUCACCGGACAAACCGCAACAACCGCAGGAUGAAGGCCUGGUGCCGCAGGAUUUUGGCUUCGUGCCGCCGCACUUCUACCGCGAGCUAACGCGCACGACGGAAGGAUGUGAGCUAUUAAAGGCGAAGGGGCAUUUCGAGGAGUUUGCUGCGACGAUCCAGGACUUUGCCGUGGAGGAUGAAGAUGCGGAGACGAUCGUGAAGGUAAAGGGGUGUCUGUGGGCGGUGGGAAAUGUAGGCUCGAUGGAACUCGGUGCCCCGUUUCUCGAGCGCACGGAUGUGGUCAGGUAUAUUGUGCAGAUUGCUGAGAGCUCCCAAGUGCUCACGCUGCGUGGGACGGCUUUCUUCGUCCUGGGCUUGAUUUCGCGGAGCCUGCAUGGACAGGAGAUUCUGGCGGAAUAUGGAUGGGAUGGCACUACGAAUGUCAUGGGCGAGAGUCUCGGGUACGUGUUGCCGCUUGACUUCGGCAAGCUCUUCACGAUUCAACCUCCGACCGACGGCGCCACUGGAAUGCAAGCGGCGCGCAUGAUCCGCAGCCGCAGAGGGUCAGUUAACGAUGAGGAUCCGACGAACGCGGGGAUCCUGAACUCGAUCGUCAAGCUCGGCAAUACGGUGCUCACGAACAAGGCAUUGGCGGAGCUCAAUGGGUACAAGCAUAAGAAGGCGGAUGGGUUCAAAAAGCCAGCGUUGUUUAGGAAAGCGAUGGUGGUUUUGGCUAGUCAUGCUUAUCGCAUUCCGCAGUAUCGGUUUGUGAUCGAUUUGUUUGACAAGAGUGUCCUGAGGAAGAUCGUGCUGGAGGAGGAGAGCAGUGAUGAGGAGGAGGAUGAGGAGGACCAACGGGGCACGGAGGGCUGA